GAUGGGGGCGGAGGGAGCCGGAGCUGUCACAGGCCCCGCGUCCGCCUGAGCGAGCCAAGUGGGGUGUCAUGGCCGCGGGGGGCAGCGGCUGCACUUCCUCUGCUGGCAGCGGCGGCCGGGAAGUUAGUCCUCGACGCACGGGUCGGUCCCGUUUCCUUCAGUGCGGCGGCCGGCGGGACCAUAAGGGCUUAACUCAUAUAUUUAACCCCCCUCCAAAAAGAUUUGAAAGUAUUCUUGAAGGGCUGUUUGGACCUGCAUUAUUAAAAGAUCUCAGUUUAAUUAAAGAGUGUGAACCCGAAAGCAUUUCUGAUUGGGCUUUUGAUGAGAAUUGUUUGUUCUGUUGCUUGAGAAGAGAUAAAGUAAAGGGAUACUUAGUCGGUCUGGAUGAACCAGCUUCCGGAGCUGGGCAAGAAGCUUUGCUUAAACAAGAGCACGCAAAAGUCACUCGACUCCAGAGACAAACAGAAGAGUUCCUCAAUGCAGUCUUUUAUAGAAAAGACAGUCCCUGGGUCUCCGACCCCAAUAUUCCCCUAGUGGCCCGUGAGAUCAUGCAGCGAAUGAUCCAACAAUUUGCUGCUGAAUAUACCUCAAAAAAUAGCUCUACUCAGGACCCCGGCCAGCCCAAUAGCACAAAGAACCAAAGCCUGCCGAAAGCAUCUCCAGUCACCACCUCUCCCACCGCUGCAACUACUCAGAACCCCGUGCUCAGCAAGCUUCUCAUGGCUGACCAAGACUCACCUCUGGACCUUACUGUCAGAAAGUCUCAGUCAGAACCUAGCGAACAAGACGGUGUACUUGAUUUAUCUACUAAGAAAAGUCCAUGUGCUAGCAGCACUUCCCUGAGCCAUUCUUCAGGCUGCUCCAGUACUCAAGGGAACGGUGAGGAUUCAUCAGAGGCAUCAGCAGUAGAUUCUAACCAUCCAUCGAAGCCCCCACUGGAGAAGUUUAUGGUCAAACUGUGCACGCAUCAUCAGAAGCAAUUCAUUCGUGUCCUGAGUGACCUAUACACAGAAUCUCAGCCAGGUUCUGAGGACCUGCAGCCUCUGGAUUCCACAGAGAUGGAUGUCUCCAAUUGCAGUGCGGGUUGUGCCCAGCUGAGCAGCAGACAAAGUGAAAAGGAUGAUGAGUGUCUUGAUGGGAAGUCUCCUGCUUCUCUAAGUUUGUUCUUAGACUCAUCGGGUUCUCCUAGCUCUCUGAGUGUGACUGAAGAAACUGUGAAGGAACCAUCUCCUGAGACAGACUCUGUAGAUGGAAGAGAGUCUGCCUUGACCAUUGUCCAGAAAGAGUCCUCUGAAAUUCCAGAUGCUCGACCUAACUCCAGAGGAUCGGCAGACAGUCCCACAGUAGGGUGUCUCACUGCAUUGGAUUCUUCCUCUUUUAACUCCCUCCACAGUCCCAAAAGCUUAGAGGGCCAAACCACUGGGCAGGAACAAGACACCAGCUUGAAGCCCCGUGAGGGUACUGAAGACCACGUUCCAGCCUCAGUCGAAAGUCUGACUGCAGUGGAAGUGGCAACUGAGAAUACCGAGGAGAGUGGGAGCUGUGCUUCUCAAAGAAACUCAUCCAAAGCUUUAUCACAAGAGACAUGGGGCUCAGGGUUUAUGGGAAACUCAUCUAGUACUGCAGACAAAGAGAAUGCUUUACAGUGUAGCUCAAAAACAUCCUUACACCAGGAUUUAGAGGGAGAUGAACAAGAUGAAAGGCCAAAGCAAGAGAACCAUCUUCAUUCACUGGGUAGAAACAAGGUGGGUUACCAGACAUACCCCAGUGACAUGGGCCAAUUUGAUCAUUCCAAAGGUGACUGGCUAGCUCCCAGCUCCACUCCAGCUGUACACAGAGCAUCCAAUGGUCACUCACGAACCAAGAUGAUAUCAGCCUCCAUCAAGACUGCUCGGAAGAGUAAGAGGGCAUCGGGCUUGAGGAUAAAUGAUUAUGACAACCAGUGUGAUGUUGUUUACAUCAGUCAACCAAUAACAGAAUGCCACUUUGAAAAUCAAAGAUCCAUAUUAUCUUCUCGUAAAACAGCCCGAAAGAGUACCCGGGGAUACUUUUUUAAUGGUGAUUGUUGUGAACUGCCAACUGUUCGCACACUGGCCAGAAAUUUACGUUCCCAAGAAAAGGGAAGCUGCUCACCAAUAGUACCAGAGGCAGUGGUGACUCCCAAACAGACUCCUACAAUUUCCACCUCAAAGCAUACAGUAGGUAUACAGCUUCCCACCGUAGAUACCCCAGAUGAUUCUAGGAAGGAAAGAACCAUUGCCCUUGAAGAAGGAGACAAAGACAUGUCAUCAGCUAAAGAGCAUCGGGAGCCAGAGGUUUGCCUUACUGUGAAUGAACAGGAUCUUAGCAGCUCCCCUAGGCCAGGAGAGACCACAACCUAUAGCCCAGCACAUCUUCUGCCUGCCCCACUGCCUGAUGAGGAUAUGCCUGAUGUUCCAGAAGGUAGCAUUGUGGUCUCACCUCCCACAGCAAGUGUACUAUCUUUCCUUGAGCAAGAUCAGCCAUCAGCUUCUCUUUGGGGUUCAGAUGAAACACAUACACUCCAGGAGUGCCACCUGGCUCCCACAACCAGAAGCACCCCCUUCAUCUCUGGAGAAGACAGUGAAGACCUGCUAUAUAGACCUCAGUCUUCUCCUGAAACAGUCAUCAGAGAAGAGCAUUCUCUGUGCUCAGAAAAUGAAAGUCCUACUGUGGAUUUUGAUCCUCCCCUAGGUCUAGAACUGUCUGAGCACGACCAAAGCAUCAGUACCGAGGCUGAAACUGAAGACAUCUCUGGGGAGACACUGUUGCUAGAAGCCGCCAUGCCCCUCCUGGAAAGCAACAUUGUCAGUGAUGAGAACCCAAGUGAGCCUGAGGGAGGUGAGGCGGCAAGUGAAGCAGGACAGCUGGAGAUGCCUGACAGUGAUGUAAGAUACUCAUCAGAAAAUGAUCCAAGUCAGGCAAAUGUUGACUCACCUGAGAAUGUGGACAAGAAGAAAAAGGGUAAAAAGCUCCCUGAGGCCUCUGAUAGGUGCCUAAGAAGUCAGCUUGUAGAGUCAUCCUCUGCUGACAAGUGCCCAGGAAGCCAGGGUUUGGAUUCAUCCACUGCUUGCCCUGAAAUCAAGGUUUCUAAAAAUCCUACUGUAAAGCGUUCUAAAAGAGAAGGGCACUCUGGUGGGGCAACACCUGAGGGCUCGGUGAUUGACAGCAUCCAUAGAGAAGAUCUGGAGGACACUGAAAACCCCAGUGUCAGUGAACGUUCCUCGGAUGAAGAUAUCAAGCAGGAGGGUGAAGGAGUGGGAGUCAUCACAAGGCAGACUCUUAAAAGCCUGCUAGCAAAGGAAGUCAAAAGAGAAGAAGGGGAGACUUCCCCAAGCAGUGACCCCACCACAGUCAGCCAGCCACUGCCUGGGGAGAAUCUGGAACUCAGUCUCUGGCCCAAACUAGAUGAGAGAGGUGCACGUGUGCCCUCAGAAAGCAUUCCUUGUAAGAGGGACCCAGAGCAGGGAAAAGAGAAGCCGGGACACAUUGCCACACAGGAUGUGGAAGCCGCUGUGAGUGUGGUAGAUGCUGAGGACACCCACUCUAAAGAUGACGCUGGCCUUGCUACAUCUAACUUAGCUGGGAUAUCAGCCAGUCAGAAUGUUGAUUCUCCUGGGCCAUCAAAAUUGGUAACACGGCCUAAGAGAUUGCCGUCUUCAACCUACAACCUGAGACACAACCAUCAUUGUGUGGAUGCCUUGGACACUACAAAAGUGGCUUCUGAGAAGAAAGUCACACAAGUCAAUCCAGCACCAAAGGAAAAUGAAGCUUCCAAGAGUGUGGAGUCCUUAGAUGAGGAUGAUGCAGACACGGUGGUGGAGGAGCAACCCAAGUUCAUGGGAUGGUGUGCAGAGGAAGAGAACCAGGAGCUGAUCGCCAACUUCAACGCCCAGUACCUGAAAGUUCAGAAGGGCUGGAUCCAGUUGGAGAAAGAAGCGCAGCCAACAGCAAGAGCAAGGAGCAAGUCCGACAAGCUGAAGGAGAUUUGGAAGAGCAAGAAGAGGUCACGGAAGUGCAGGGGUUCAUUGGAGGUGCAGAAGUUCUCUCCUGUUCAGAUGCUGUUUAUGACGAACUUUAAACUGUCUAAUAUUUGUAAGUGGUUCUUAGAGACAACAGAAACUCGGUCUCUGGUGAUUGUGAAGAAAUUAAAUACUCGUCUUCCAGGAGACGUACCCCUUGUUAAACACCCUCUUCAGAAGUACCCUCCUUCCACCCUGUACCCUAGUUCACUACAAGCAGAACGCUUGAAAAAACACUUAAAGAAAUUUCCUGGAGCCAUUCCUGCUAGGAAUAAUUGGAAAACACAAAAGCAAUGGGCUAAACUACGAGAGAAUUCUGGCCGGGUAGAACCAGAGGCUGGCAGUGACAUCAGCCUCGGCCCUAACAGUGAAGACAGUGUGGAGGAAGUCAGGGAAGGUAGAAAUAGCCAUCCUCCCACCAACUUGCCUACUCCAGCCAGCACACGGAUCCUUAGAAAGUAUUCUAAUAUUCGAGGAAAGCUCAGAGCCCAGCGCCUGGAUAGCUCACUGGGUGGGGCUUCCGAAAUUAAGCAGGGCCGAAAGAGCGUGUGCAUCAACCCGCUAAUGUCCCCCAAGCUGGCCCUCCAGGUGGGUGCAGAUGGCUUUCCUGUCAACCCCAAGAGGGCUGAAGGAAGCAAGGGGAGAAGAGGGAAGCAGAUGCCUGAAACCUUGAUUAGAGUAGAAGGUCAGAACAAGCGCAAAAGAGCAGACAGCUAUGGCACUCGGGAUGAUAAGGACAAGGGGCCAGCAACAAAAGCCAGCAGAGCCCUUUCUGCCAAGAAGCUAGCUGCAAAGGACAGAGUCGGCCAACUGUCCAGGAAGAUGACCUUGAAAGAGAAUAAAGUGAGGAUCUGUAAAAAGGCUCCUGGGAAGAGCUGCCCACCUUCCAGGAAAGAGAGAGAGGAUGCAAACAAAAUGUCUAGCCAUCCUGCUGCAGCCUCUGACACACCGACAAAGCCUGCAAAACAAAGGGGGACAGGAGAAGCCUCUUCAAAGCCCCCAAAAGCCGGAAGGAGGAGCAGGAAGCUGAGCAGUGGUAGGGGCCGAGCCAGACCCUUGACAAAAAGCCCAGAGAACCGGGCUGCCCAGAGAAAGAGAAAGCUCAAGGCCAAACUGGACUCUUCCCAGGGCAAACGGAGGCGGUUAGAUGCCAAGUGAUAGCUGGAUGGCCGCUGAGAGAGGAACUGACCUAUAGAAGGAGCCUUUUAUUUUGCAUUAACAAAAUCUGCUUUUAUAAGCUUAUCAAGCCUUUCAUGUUACAGAGAACACCAGUUUGAGAUGGCAGAAAAUGCAUCUCAGUUAGAGAAGGGAACUUCUCCAUGGCUAAGGGAAGUUGUACAUUCUAUUCUGGUUGUUCCUUGGGUUUUAAACUUGGAACCAAGCAGUUUUUGUUUUAAGAAGUACAGUGCCUUAUUUAUCCUUUUUGUUUAAAAUUUGACAAAAGCUAAGAAGCUGAUGUAUGUGACUAAAGGCUUGUAUUUUAUACUUGACGCACAAGCACUUGCUCUGUCACUGAGGAGGUCACCGCUGCGCAUGCGUGAGCGAGUGAGGAGCCGGCAGCAGCUGCCUGUGCGCCCCUGGACAGGUGCACCUUGCAGACCGCAGCACAACUCCCCUCUCUGUCUUGUUUGGGUUUUAUUUGAGUGAUAUUUGAAAGCUGAACCAAAUCAUUUCUAUGGUAUGUGGAGAAUGCAGGGGAUUUAUAAUUAUUAUAAAAGAUUAAUAUUUGUUUCCUUCUGAAAACUCAUAUUGUUUAUCACCCCUUCAUCCUUUUUUUUAAUCAUUUCAGAUCAUGUUCUCUAAUUUGUGUGCCCAUGGGACAAAAGCUGUGCUAGAAACGCCCCCUCCUAAACUGUGUUCCUACUAACUGUGUCACCCUCCAGUGUGGGGCCGUGCAAGCAUGGUAGUACUACUUACUCUGUGAGGUUUGCGUCCCAUUUUUUUUUUGUUCAAGUUUUUUGUGUAUAUUUUCAUCUUGUAGCUGUCAUUUGACCAUUAGAAUGAGUUAUUCUUUGUCUCAUUUCUUACACAGAGUACUUCCCUAUGCAGUGAAAGUCAAAAUGUUCUUUUCAGCAAUAGGAAAGCUUAGCCUUGUGCAUAUGCAUCUGGGUGCAUCUGCAUGUAGUUGCUGGCCACAAGUGUCUUCUGGUACUAGUUUCACAGUAAACUUCCCUCUUCCCCACGCAGUGUAUCUGUAAGCGGAGUCCAUACGCAUCCCUAAUACCACUUUCACAGCCGACUUGGAGUGCAGUAGAGUCCCAGGCAGCUGUGAGAAGCUGCCCAGAAUCUCCAUGGAGCCACACCCCCAUCCACGCUGAGUGACAUUCAGAUGGGACUCCCUGAUGUGAAUGAAUAGCCUUGCCUGGAGUGGGUGUCUAUUCUGAUUGAUAGUUCCAUUCUCCCCAUAGCAUGUCACUCUGUCCCAUGGCUCAGAAAUGAGAACUGCAAUAACUGAAAGUGAUGAUGUUUGCCUUUCCUGGGUAGAGCCAAAACCAGCCCCAUUGGCUUUACUUAGGGCCUCUGACGUUGCUCCAUUAUAACAGUGUGUACUUGACUUUUCCUUCGGGCCAGUCAGCAAACCACCUGGUUGCUAAAGCCUCAGUCGGCUUUGACAUGUUCUGUCAUCACAGGCUUGCAUGGACAGCUGCUGCCCUGUUCUUAGUAAAAGUUCCUACUUAGGUUCUUUCAGAUCUUUUUAGAUCAACCCAGAUGGACUUCUUUUAUAUGCAAAUCAUGAUUGAUUUAAAAAAAAAACAGGCCUUCUACCUAUUUUGCUAUUGUUAAAGGUUUGCUGCAGAUAAUGGAAACUUCUGAUAAUUGGGUAGGACUGGAGCUUUGAUUCUUGAGAAAUUGAGAAUUGUGUUGAAUUUUACAGAUAAUGAAAGUUGUGCUUUCAUGUUUUUUAAAUGUCACCUCUGCCCCAUGAACGUUCGUGGACUUCCUCCCUCACUGCCUCCUUCACUCCCCUUACCUUCCCCACCCCCAUUAUUCUUUUUAUUAUUAUCUUUGACCUUGACCGUUCACAAGCUACCUAUCAUGAGACUGCUGAGUGCGUGCUCGAAACUCCUCCUCAGCAUUAAGUUGCACAGAAGCAUUAAUAUGUUUUGAGUAGGUUCAUUUAAUAUUUUAAAAAUGGUUUUAAGGCUUAAAAGAGCUUUUUCUAUAGUUGUCACUGGAUAUUGUUGCUGUAGUGACUUAAACAGCCAAGCUUACUAAUGUGAGAUGCCUGCACAUAAGGCGCCCUGGCCACACCCUUGUAAGGCUUGGGUUAAGUUAGAGGGAUGAGUGAGGAAUAAGUCAGUGGGACACUUCCAGUGUCAAGUUCAUAAUUCAUUCCAUUACUUUCCCAGUGUGUUUUUUCAUUUUUAAAAGCUCGCUUCAAGAUAGUAGGCUGCAUUUGCGGGAGCCGUGUGGAAGCGUCUGUUACGUACCCACGUAACAGUGCAGUAGGCAUCUUUAAAAUUGGCUUACACUUAACAGUAGUGACUGCAUUUAUGUAGAUGCACACUUUACAAAAUUAGGACAUUUAAGGGUUUUAAUUGUUUCACGUUUAUUGAACUCAUUUUUGCUGAUCUGGUUAAUUUGUUAAUAGAAGAAGAAAAAAAAUCAAAACUUGAUGGCAGCUCUAAACCUUUCUAUACCCAUAGCUGGGAAAUUGUCCCUUCAGCAUCUCCGGGCUUGGCUCUCACUCUUGGUUCUCCUUCCUUCCUGUAGCCAUUUUCAAAUAUGACUUCCCACCAUAUGUGUUGCACUCUAUUGCACAGUUUGGAUCCUAAGUCUGAAAGGUGUUCUGCUCCUGGCCCUAUGCUCUCUAAAGUGGCUAUCUAAGGCUCGAGCUGAAGUUGAUGCCAAAGGACUAGUGUUCCCUCUGUUCAGGAUCUGGAAGAUGUCCAUGAAGCUAGCUGCAAAGCUCUUUGUGGCAUCCAUAAAGUGCAGCCUGCUGUGGUGACAGGCCUGCUGUCUCGCUGGGGUUCAGAAUCUUGCCCAGGCGCUUUCUCUGUUCUAGUAGCUUCCAGCAUAGGAAUGUUACCUGAGUCUGUUGACCCACAGUUGCUAGUUCCUGGGAUUCUCUGGGUUUGGCUGUUUUUAUUUUGUUGUUGUUUGGUGGGGUUCUUUACUGAAGACUUGAUCCUGUCCUAUCUAAACCACAGUCAAGCUGUGGGGUUUGUGCCUCGUUGUUCUGUAGUGGCUUAGAGAAAAGAGCCAUCCAUUCCCCCCGGGGACCCUCUGCAUCUCCUGUGCACGUAACUCAUCAGCAAGGAUCACCUUAAGACAGACACUGUAAGUCAGGAUUUGGCCUGUCUCCAGCCUUGUGAUGGCUGCUGGACUGAGAGCACAGCUGUCACUCAUUUAUGAGCAGUGUUUCUAUUAGGUUAGCAGACCUAAGAGUCCCACAGGAAAUGACUCCAUGCUCUGUGAUGCAAACUGGAGAUGCUGUGGUGUUGUCAUCAGCAAGUCUGUGCUUGUCAUAAUACUAGAAACAGACUGAGUUACCCAGAAGUCUGUUUGGGUAACAUCCCUUUGGUCUCAGGUCAGCCAGUGCAGGCCUCCUCUUAGCUUACCCUUGAGCUGUCAUAGACAUGUAAACUGUGGGCUGGCUACUCAUAUGUAUAAAUAAAGUUUUAUUAACUUAGAACCAUGUCCAUAUCCUUAUUGGUUGUCCAUGGUGCAGAUUAAACAUUUGGAGAAGCAGUCAGGAAGCCCACAAAACCUAGAAUAGUUACUAUUUGUAUCUUUGAAAAAGCCUGCUGACCCCUGCUUGAGAAAAUAAUCCCUUUUGGGAAUUAAUCUUCCCCCAUUUCUCUUCUGCCUCACACCCUCUGUCUCCCACAACCCCCCCCCCAUCUCAGUUGUCUUAAGCACGUUUCUGUAUGCUCCUGCUGUAGAGACACAUCACUGAGACAGUUUCAGAGUAACUCAACUCUUAACAAGCUGUGUGUCUACCUUUAAGUCCUCCCUCCGUCCCCACAAUGAAGCCACCACAGUCUAUAGACCAGAACCCCUGACCAAGUUGCCUCUGGAGUUCUUAAGUUGUGUGGACUAUUGCAUGUUGUCUCCCAUAGUGUCUAAUCAUAGAGCUUCACUUGUUUACUAAAAUACGCCAAGACUGUCCGGAUGAGAUUACCUGCUAACACUUCUGUUGGUUCUGAAUCUCAAUGCCACAGUUAGCUGUGGGAAAGGCUCCCAGCAUGGAAACAAAAGCCUGGUGACAACCAGUGUAUUACCAUUGAUCUAUUUUCAGUCACACACUUUCAAAAUAAUUUUAUUAAAGGCAAGUGAACAAUAAAAUGGUAGUUUUUGAACUGCUAUAGAAGGAGUUUUGGGUUCUAUCUUUACAUUAAAUCCAGUCAGCUUCCAGAGUGUUAGUCCUCCCCUCCCCUGAAACUCAAAUAAAAGUUUAUAUUCUGGGCCGGGCGGUGGUGGCGCACGCCUUUAAUCCCAGCACUCGGGAGGCAGAGGCAGGCGGAUCUCUGUGAGUUCGAGACCAGCCUGGUCUACGAGAGCUAGUUCCAGGACAGGCUCCAAAACCACAGAGAAACCCUGUCUCGAAAAAAACCAA